UAAGUCAUAGCGAUCACAGUCUCAGAGUAACCAGAGCUGCAAAUUUGUGUGCAGUAAUGGCUAAGAAACCUGUCAGCCAUGCCAUUUUCUAUGCCUUGUUUUCUAUUUUAUCGUUUCAGAUUUUCCUGAUGAAUGUGGGCAUGGCACAGGGAACAAAAACCGACAUAAGCGUUGGGGUGGUGCUGGACAUGGAUAUUCCUGUUUCACAGAUGUCAUUGAACUGUAUAUCAAUGGCCCUCUCGAAGUUUUAUGCCACACAUGAUUAUUACAAAACUAGGCUGGCUCUCAGUACCAGAGACUCCAAUGGAACCGUUGUCGGGGCAGCUGCAGUAGCUCUGGAUCUACUCAAGAAUGUUGAAGUGCAAGCCAUCAUAGGUCCCCUGUUCUCAAUGCAGGCAAACUUUCUGAUAGAACUUGGAGACAAAGCUCAAGUUCCCAUCAUUACAUUUUCGGCAACAAGUCCUUCUCUCACGUCAAGACGAAGCCCAUACUUCAUUCGCGCCACUCUAAAUGACUCUUCCCAAGUACAGCCCAUAACUGCCAUCAUUGAAGCCUUUGGCUGGAGGGAAGUUGUGCCCAUCUAUGUGGACAAUGAGUUUGGAGAAGGGGUGAUACCUUAUUUGACUGAUGCCUUGGAGAACGUAAAUGUCCGGGUCCCUUACAGAAGUGUCAUCCCUUUACAAGCAUCAGAUGAACAAAUUGUUGCAGAACUGUACAAGCUGAUGACAAUGCAAACAAGAGUUUUCGUUGUCCACAUGUUGGUCCCGCUUGGUUUUCGUCUGUUUGCCAAAGCAAAACAGCUUGGAAUGAUAACGGAAGGCUAUGCAUGGAUCAUAACUGAUUCGAUGACAGACGUCUUGAAUUCGGUGGAUCCUUCUGUCAUGGAUUCCAUGCUAGGGGUAAUUGGCGUACAAUCUUAUGUUCCAAAAACAGACGAGCUUGAUGCCUUUACAAAUCAAUACAAGAAAAGGCUUCUGCAGAACAAUCCACCAGGUCUUAGGCCAGAAUUGAACACUUUUGGACUAAGGGCAUACGACUCUGCCAUCGCACUGGCCAUUGCAAUAGAGAAAGCAAACCCGACUAAUGCAAGAUUUAAGAAGGCAAAUUUUUCUGGAAAUUCAACAGACCUAGAAGCCAUUGGAGUUUCAAAUUCAGGACCACGGCUAAUUCAGGCUCUGUCAAGUACUGCCUUCAGAGGCCUUGCUGGAGACUUCCAAUUAGUUGAAGGGCAACUCCGAACACCUCCUUAUCAGAUAAUCAACGUGGUUGGCCCUGGUGCCCGGGUGAUAGGCUACUGGACGAAACAGAAUGGAAUCGUCAAAGAACUAAACGUCAUGAAUGCAAACACAUACUCCACUUCAAGAUCUAACUUUGCACCCAUCAUAUGGCCUGGCGAUACAACAACUCCACCUAAAGGUUGGGUGAUCCCAACAAAUGAGAAGAAACUGAGAGUAGGAGUGCCCGUCAAGGAUGGUUUCAAUGAGUUUCUUCGUAUCACUGGGAAUUCAGACAAUACAACCAAAGUGGAAGGAUACUGCAUAGAUGUCUUUGAUGCAGUUAUUACAAGUCUAAAAUAUGCUGUACCAUAUGAAUACAUCCCAUUCGCGAACCCUGACCAUGAAGGUGCUGGAAAUUACAAUGAUUUGGUCUAUCAAGUAUACCUUGGGAACUUUGAUGCUGUAGUUGGAGAUGUAACAAUUAGAGCAAACAGGUCGCAGUAUGUAGACUUCACCCUACCUUAUACAGAGACUGGUGUUUCAAUGGUUGCAAAAGUCAUGGAUAACGAGAGGAAAAAUGCAUGGAUAUUUUUGAAGCCACUGACAUGGCAAUUAUGGUUGACGAGCUUUUGUUCAUUUGUUUUCAUCGGGUUUCUGAUUUGGAUUCUUGAACGUCGAAUAAAUACAGAGUUCUCAGGCAGCAUUCGCCAUCAAAUAGGCAUGAUAUUCUGGUUCGGUUUCUCUACAAUGGUCUUCUCUCAAAAAGAGAAGAUCAUAAGCAAUUUGGCCAGGUUUCUGCUGAUCAUCUGGUUUUUGGUGGUUCUUAUACUAACACAGAGCUACACUGCCAGUCUUACGUCCAUGUUAACAGUUCAGCAGCUACAGCCUACUUAUACAGAUUUCACUCUGCUCAUCAAAAACAAGGAAAACGUCGGCUACCAGAAGGGAUCAUUUGUUUUCGGACUUCUUAAGAAGAUGAGCUUCAAUGAGUCCAGACUAGUGGCAUACAAUUCCCCUGAUGAAAUGCACGAUCUUUUCUCCAAAGGUAGCGGAAACGGUGGUAUAGCUGCUGCUUUUGAUGAGACUCCAUAUAUAAAGAUGUUCCUAGCCAAAUACUGUUCAGAAUACACCAUGGUUGAUCCCAUGUACAAGACUGCGGGUUUUGGAUUCGUCUUCCCAAAAGGUUCUCCACUGGUACCUGAUAUUUCAAGUGCUAUUCUCAAUGUAACCGAGGGCGAAAAGAUGGUGGAGAUUGAGAGAGCAUGGUUUUCGGAUAAGACUACGUGUUCUAGUGGUGCAAGCUCAUCACAGAGUCUUGGCCUUGAAAGCUUCCGGGGGUUGUUUGUGAUCGUGCUAAUACUUGGUGGUUCAGCCUUUGUAGUCUAUGUGGUUAUGUUUGUGUGUCAGAACUGGGGUGUUGUAAGAAACGCUAGGCCUAAUGCAACAAUUGGGGAGACAAUUCUUAUGCUACGUGAAUUGUUUUUCACUAUGGAUCCCAACGCAGAUCCUGAUCCAAUUGAAAUUUUGAAGAAGAUUCACGAACAACUGCAACAGGUUGUUGGUAGAGAUCCCAAUCCUGGUAACAUCAACGGCGGCGUGGAAAGAGAAAUGGAAAUCAUGGAAGCCCAUGGAAAUGUGCAGCAAAGGCCACCGAAUCCGGAAGAGGAACCACCUCAGCCUGUAAAUCCAGACCACUGACCCGACGGGUUUCAGUAAAGGGUUAAUUGGAGCAGCGGCAUAAUGUUUUGUCCGAGGCAGCUUUGCAGAUUCAAAUUUCAUUUUGUGACGGUUUCAGAAUAUUCAAAAACUUCAUGAAUGUGUUGCUCGUGUUCUUGCAACACAGAUAGUUAAUGUAUUGUAGUCGUCGUAUACUGGAUUUUAGUUAGAACUUUCUGUCUAAGAGUAACAAACCUGUUUCUUUGGUAAUGAUCCCCGGGGAGAAUCCAACGGGAGGACAGAAACACAUAAUUCAAGAGACCAAAUCUUGAAGUGAUGAUGGAUUGAUAUGGUGAAGUCAACGGUUAACCACGGUGCAUGGCGUUGUCCCAGUAGUACCUUCAAAUGCACAAGAACAAACCAUUCAUGUAGGUUUGCUUUUCUUUUUAAAAAAUUUGUAUUGGUGGGUAAUUCAUGAGUAGGGGUGACAGAUGAGUCGAGCCGGUUCGAUUUUAAGCUCGAGCUCGAG